GGCGGCGCGGGGCCGGGGGGAGCCGCGGGGCCGGGAGCGGGGUAGGCUGCGCCCGUACUUAAAGCGCGCUGCCUGAGCCGCUGACGUCUUUCGAAUUGGAGACGGGCUGCCCCCCUCCCGCCCCGGGCUCCCGCGGACACGGCCGGGGACGGAGCCAAGGUACGAGUGUCUGCCUAGAAUGUCCAGGCAUGCAAAAAAGCUUAGAGAUCACGAUAUAAAUCCAUGUGUAGCGGAAACAGAUGCCACUACAAAAUGUAUGAAUGACAACAACUAUAACAAGGAUAUGUGUACUGAUUAUUUUUUGAAGUACAAAAACUGCAGAAAAUUCUGGCAUGAAAUUAUGAUGCAAAGGAAAAGAAAUGGUGUGAAACCAGAGAUGCCUGCAGCAGAAGAAAGAAAAAAAAUCUUGGAAUCAAUGGGGAAGCCCUACUGACUAGAAACCUGAGUUGACUGUUGUCACUGCACAUAUGAAGACUUAGCAGCAGCAAGUUACCAUUUUAUGAACUGGAUUUUACUGUUGCCAUAUCCUGGAUUAAAAUAAGAUCUUAAACUUUGAAGUGUGUGAGCUUUCUAGGAUAGAACUUCCUGGGUUUAUUCAUACUUCCUGUCAUACGAACCUGACCUGUUUUUAUUGGAAUAUACAGGUACCAAUGCAACUUGUUUAGAAACUUUUGGAAAUACAAAAUACCUUGCUGUGAAAUGCUAAAUAUAAAAUUAAUGGGACAUGGGGAAAGUCUGUUUGAAAAGAUGGAGUUGGUGAGCACUGCAGUAUGGUUCUAAGUUCUGUGACUGAAGCAGAUUGAGAAGCUGGUACAUGCACUAAGUUGUUCUGCUCAAUAGUAUGGAUUUACCAUGUGCGAUUUUAUCACUAUUCUCACAUGUGGUGUAUUCUGUGUUCCCAGUUUCCAUAAGACUGUUCAUGAACAAAAAUGCUAAAUCCAACAAGCAUGUCCUUGGGUCUGCCACUGCACUUGUCAGUGACAGCAGAAGCUUGCAGUAAAUCAGUAAGCUUUGCUUAGAAGGUUAGAGAGAUUGGUGAAGAUAAAACUGAGCUCCUCACGUCUGAGCUUCAUAGUAAUUUCUGUGGAUAGUAAAUAGAUACUUCAGUGGCAGGCAGGCAGGGGGGACUUGCAGACAUGUAAACAGAUCCUCUGAGUGACAUGGCAGGUUUAACUAUAGUGCAUCUAUCUAAGACUCUGGACAGCUGAAACCUGGGGUUUGGAAAUGCUUACUCAUACAAGAUUACAAAGCUCACUUUAAACAGGUACUCUAAUCUUAAAUAAGCUUGAUUCUUUAGCUAAAUUGAACAACUAAUAAAUGUAAACAAGUUGCUGUCUAGUGGAAACAAUGGUUUUUACCUUUUACCUUCUGGUGUCCUGGCUUAAAAGCUUGUAUCCUGUGAUAAAACAGAAAAACUACUGUCAGGAGCUCAGGUUCCAAGUGAAGUCUUUUAGUUCUUACUGGGAUCAACUUGGCAGAACUCUGGCUGACCUCACUAAGGAUGGUGUAAAAGUGUUGCCUCUCUAUUUAGACUGUUUUGGAAACACUUCAUGGCUUUCUGUUUCUGCUGUCUGGCUUGUCUUGUUCCUUUCCACUGUAGGCCUAUUUCUAUGCUUGCUGUGAUUUUUAUGCUUUUUCCUUGUUGUUUGAUCUGACUAGUAACUCCACAAAAUCUACUUUGCUCGUCCUAUUCUCCAUCUACAUCAGAGUUUUGAAAUGGAUUGAUCCUACCCUCUCUGUUGGAAUGAGUGUGUAACUCUAUGCCUUUUGAGUAUGCAAUUCUCCAGGCAAAGCUGUGCAGCCUUCAAGCAUGUCACAAGUUCUCUCAUCAGUUCCUGGCAAGGGAAAUGUGCUUUCUUCCAUCAAGAUCAUAAGAUUCUUUAUUGCAAAUUACUUUCUCUUCACCGAAAGUGCAAACUUCAACAUUUUCCUCUUUUUGUGGUUGUGUGGUUUUGGGUGGGUUUUUUCUUUUUUAUUUUUUUUGUCUUUGGUUGAUUGUUUUCUAUUUUUUGUUGUUUGGUUUUGUUCCUCUAUGUGUGGAGCUGAAGAUAUUUUCAUUCUAGAUUCAAGGGCUUGCUCUUUUCUGCCACAUCCUUGCCACUUUUUAAUACCCUCCUACAUAACAAUCUUUCCUCUUCUUUUUGCCCAUUUGGCACCAGCUCUUUUUUGACUGAUUUUUACGUUUUGUUCUCAUUGCAGUUUUUUUUCUGGUACCUUUGUUCUGUCUCUGAUCUAAUGACGUAGUCUUGCAAUGAGUUUCUAAUACAACUCCUUUUGAAGGUUGUGUGUUCUGUUCUUUCAUAGUGGAAGAACUUCUUGCUUUCAUUAAACUUAGCCAUAAUACCUCCUCAUUAACCAUGCCUCUCUUUGAUCUUCUAGUUUGCUUGCAGAUUUUGGGGAGCUAUUGUCCUCUUCUUUAGGGCUGUGUCUCUUCAAACUCUUUUGGCUUUGGUGCCUUGCUUGUUUAUGGGCACCUUCUCUCCUACUUGGCACAGGUUUGUCAUUUGCCACCUCUGCUGUAUCUUUGGACAUGUUCUUGGCUCCUAUGGCUUUAGCUACUAUUUUAGUGCUUGCUGUUUUUCUGUUGCUGUACUCUUAAAUUCUGGGUUUUUGUUAAAAUCUGCAGUAUAUUUUAAAUAUAUGCAAGAAAAACAUCUGAUGUGGUUAUGCCUAUUCUUCUUUCCAUAACUUUAAGGAACUUGGGCUUAUUGCAUUUAUCCUAGGAUUUCCUUUUAGAUUUUCAUUGCAUGUAGAAAUGCUUUUUCUCUUAGGUUAAGUCUUGCACUUAUAAGAUUUUUUUUUUUUCCUGACACUAUUUACUUGGGAUGCUUCCACUAGUGUUGCUUUCUUUUAAAGGAUGACUGGCCUAUCUUUUGGCGUUAAUAGGUACCCUGUGCUGUUUUGUAAAGUGUAAAGAACUAGUACUGGUCUUCAAAAAAUCAGAAGUAGAGAUGCAUUACUGCCUUCAGGUAUCAAUGCAGGAAUGUGGGAUCAUAGGAUGGGCUAAGGCAUGUGUAAUGCAGAUGUGUUAGACAUGUAGUCUAACAUUAGGCUUCCAAUCAUGAGUGGAUGCACAUGGUAGGCUCCCUGUGGAUGUUACAGCAAAAAUGAGCUCAGCGUAGAAGUGAGGGCAAUUUAAGGAGUGACCUUGUAGAUUUAAUUCAGGUAAGAGUCAUCUGUUCUAAGGAAUGCCAUUUAUUUCCAUUGCAUAUGCCUUACUGUUAAAUAUUACAAGUUUAUGAAAAAUCUUGGGAGAGCAAGGAGUUUUCUUCCUCAUGUUGUAAUGUCUCUCAAGAGUGAUCUGUUACUUUAGUAUGAAUUUUUAUUAUUUUUAUCCCUUACCUGAGGUUGCUGUUCUUGCCUUCACUACUGAAGAUUGAAUGGUAAAGUGUGAUAGCUAAAAUACCGGCUGUUGCAAGUUGGGAUUUUUCCAUUAAUUUUUGUAGUAUGAUUAACUACCUUUGGUUAUGAGCCAAAGAUAAUGGUCUUUUUCUCAUACCUGAGAGCUUACAUUCCACCCUUCACUGAAACAGAGGUAAGCUUCAGCCUGCCCUUCUUACUGGACAAAAAAAACCCCGGGCUGAAUUCUUAAUUUCCCUAAAGCACACUCUUGUAUAUUAACCCAAAAAGCAUAACACAGUGAAUCAAUAUAAUUAUGAAACAGGGAAGGGACUUGUAGGCUGUGUUUUGUUUUAGUUUUUUAUAUGUGCAAUUACUCAUUUUGUUUGUGAUACAAGGACCAAAUCUGGAUAGUGGCAUUAAUGUUUGAUAAUUUUUUUGUUUGACAGCUGGAUGGUGCUGUUGUACAACAGACUGAAAACAGAAGCACUCCACCCACUACUGGCUCUUUCAAGCUUUUUUGGUCUCUUCCAAUAGAAAGGAAAGAUUGGUCCUGUCUCUACACUAUAAACAGAAAAGGAGGACAGGUGUCUAAAUUGCUGGGAAAUAGGAGAUUUCUGUGCAGCCUGAGAAGCCUUGGAAUCUUGUCUUUGGUAGAUUUUUUGUGUGGUUAUUUGAUCACAACUAAGCACUCAGCAGGAGCUAUAGGCUUUCUCCCAGGUCUGGGUGAAUAGCCUGAUUUCCAUCUGUACAUUUUUGCCAUCUCAUUUUUUCUAUCUCAUUUUUUUCUGUUACCCUACAGUGCAAGGCCUUUUCUUGCUCAGAGUUUUCUACUGUCACAAUUGGAAUGAGUCUGUAAUCUUGAAGAUAUUAAAAGGAAGUUCACAGAAUUGCAGAGUAUGCUGAUUUGGAAGGGACCUACAAGUAUCAUUGUAUCCAAGUUCUCUAGCUCUAGAGUCCUGAAAAUUUCUUUGGAUUUAGCUGAAGCUUUUGAAAGGCAGGGUGUUGCAUCUGCUACUGCUCUGAGUCUGUUUCAUGGUCUUGUAAUGAAACUUUUGCACUCAAGUGAUGUGCAAGAACACUCAAGAACAUGUGCAUAGAUGAGCUUUUGGUAAAACUUUAGCAGAACAGAUAAGAGGAAUUAAGUGCAACAUGUUUUGCUGCUCUAAUGCAUUUGCAGACAUUUCUUAACUCAUGUUAAUACCUACAUCUUUCAAGUUGGUCUUCCAAAAUAGUCGUGAAAGAAGUAAUUGUGUGGAAAACAGUACACCUUUGCAGGCUUUUGUUUUCUUGGAAGAAUCUGAGGCAACUGGAAGAAAUAGUUCUGUAAAUAAGUAUUCGAGUAAUAAACAGUAAACAAGCAGACUACUUCAGAAUGUUUUAAUUUUUAUUGCAGCCUAUUUGAUAUGAAGAGGAGGGAAUUACUGCAUUUGUAUUAACUAAAUGCAGUGGAUCAUUUAAACUGCAUAUGAUACCAUAUGUAGUAACUCAAACCAUCAGAUUUUGAGUAAGUAAUUUUUCUCUAUCCUUUAGGUUUCUACCUUGAUGACUCCUAUCUCAAAAUCCUUUUUGGGAAGAAUGGUUCUGAAAAUCAUCAAUCAUUACUUGCUCUUAAAAGUCCCACUACCCUUCAGCUAUGUCUUUACCUCUUUUACUUCAAUAAACUGCUGCGCACUGCAAACACUUCCUGAUGUCAAGUGAUUCUGGCAGAAUGCAACAGAAUUCUGCAUAGAACAAAAUUGAGCUAGUGUCUGUCAAAGUGGAAAACGAUUGUAACAAGGUGGUGUGUAAUGACAAAAAAGAUUAUGCUCAAGGUAGUAUAUUCAGUCAAUGCCUCAUUUCUAAAAGUGCUUCACAGCUCAAAUUUACACUAAUAGAAAUAGGGGCCAGCAGCUCAAGCCUGACUUUGAAGAAUCUAAACAUUUUUAUUGAUGAUAAAAGACUCCAAUUGGUUUUGCCAAAAAAAAGAUAUUGUAGUGUUUUUAUGGAAAUAGUGUGCUGGUAAUAUUUUGUUAUUGUGUCACGUGUGGAUCUCAAAUUUUUGUUUCACUAAAACAUGGAUCCCUGGGCAGUCCUUGCCUUCAGAGUUGCAUGCAGCUGUUGAAGUGAUCAGUGAAUGUGUUUACAUAUUAUAAGUAGGGUGGCAUUUUCUCCCAUUUUUAUUAAGUAGUGGAAUUGAAUGAAGUUGCUGCAUUGGAAUAUGUCAGUCAGACCAUGCUUGCUUCAAUCCAUGUUCCAAAAGGAUGGAAUGAAGGUAAUAGGACAAACCCUUAGGUAAGGGGUACACUAUGAAUUUACCAUAGCCUGCAAUAUCAGCUUUGAGUACUUUUGGGCUCUAUUUUUUCUAAUGCUGAAUAGAUUUGAAUGGAUGUUACUGAUUAAUCUAAGAAAUACUAUGUUUUGGUAUUAAUCUCUGGCAGGUAAACUAAAGUGGUUUUUAAGUUAAAGGUGACAGUUCAAGUUGUUGGAAAAACCUCUUUGACUCUUAGAUUGAAAAUAAACAGGCCUUGAGGGUUCUA